AAGGUGGCUCCACCACGCCUCCUGGGGCUGAACCCUCCCAGUAUACAUCCAAGAGCGUGGGGUCAACAGCAGGAGGCUCCACCGCGCCUCCUGAGGACGAACCUUCCCAGUGCCUGUCCCAGAGUGUGGGGUGAGCAGCAGGAGGUUCCUGGGGCUAAACCCUAACCACGCCGUUAUGUGAUCACAUUUUGCUGGAUGUUGCUCGUAGGACUGGAGGAGAGUCUUUUGCAGAUGUUCCACGUGGAGGAUAUCUAGGUGGUGUGCUCAAAUAAGAUGGAUUUAACAGUGUAACCUACACACUUAGGUUAAAAUCUUGGCAGAUGGAGGGGCAGAACUGAGACAACUGAAGUGAUGGAGGAACUGACUAGAUCCUGGAAGGGUGUAAAGGCUGAAGUGCACAUCUCCUGAAGUAGAGCAGCAGACAAGGGGCAGUGACAGAACGUUUCAUUUACAUCAUACAAAACAACAACAACCACCACCACAACCAAGAUGGUAUAGAGCAAAUAAGAAAAUAGAGCUGGAGGAAGGAACGUUUAAGGUGGCGAACAAGGCUGAGGACAGAAGCUUUGGGUUAACUAAGACCAGGAUGGUGGAGUUCAGGAUGAACAACAAGAGACACUAGAAAACCAUGUUCACACAAACCUACAGCUAAAAACUCAUGACGCGUAAAACGCAUCGCAGGAUGCUUGCAGUUAAGCAUCAUGGGAGGGGACAUCAAGAUGCAUGGCGUGAGCAAACAUGAGAUGGAGCCAGAAGAUUAUAAUUUGGUCUUGAUAAUUAAACAGAUCAGGGAUUAAGCUGUCAACAGCAGCAGCUGAACUAAAAUUACUAAGGAGAAUAACUGAACUAGGUCCAGGUCCACGUCCAGGAUGUGUUGCCUCAUUUUAAUUGGUCGAGUUUAAAUUGACUGAGAAACAUCCAGAAUUACAGACAGCACAGCUAACAAAAUAAAAAGUCAAAUAAUGUAAUCAGUGAUAAUAAUACACUUAUACAUGCAGUUUAUGUAAAGAAACCUAUACUGAUACUGAUCAUUCACCACAACCUCCAUAAUAUAGGACUGUGCCGGUCCCAAGCCCUGAUAAAUAGAGAGGUUGUGACAGAAAGGGCAUGAUGCAUCAAGUCGCCUUCCCCAGGUCCCGAGUGAAAAAAGCCCACUGACACAUUGGCCUAUAUCUGGAGGUUCUAUGAUGCCUGUUUCUCUUUUAACAUGUCACCGUUUUCUUAGCAACAGUCUACAUUCUACAGGGCAGUAUUGGUCAAAUAAUGCUCACAAGGGUUUGGUACCACAAUGUGACCAGACAGAGGGUUCAGCUGGGACACGUGUGGAACUGAAAGCACCAACUGUCCAACUGGUCAGCUGGUUGUUAUGGUGUUAAACAGCGUCUUAGGCUCCAGGUUCUUCAUUUUCUCAGGUAACUGUCUAAGCAUGACUCCUGCUUCCUGCUACUGCUGUUCUGAGUCAGAACGUCUUAUUUAUGAUCUGUGCUAAAGGAAAUUAACAUAUCUGCUCAGGCCACUAGUUGUUUUAUUUCAAACAAACACAUUUCUUUAGUUUUUUUUAAUUUAAUUUUUAAUAGUUUGGAAGGUGAAAGCAACACUAAACAUAGUGCAUCAUAACAAACUUCCCACAUCACUGUCUUAUUAAACCAGAGAAGAAAACAGUUGACUAAGCAGCAAUUUCUCUUAGAAAAUUGUAACUGAAUGUAUUGUUUUUUGCAUCAUUUUUCAAGACUGUCUUUCUGUGUGGAGUUUGCUUUUUCUUCCCGUUCACUGACUGUCUCACAAGAAGACCCUGGCCUUAAUCUGGAGUUUGGUUCAGCAGUGAAUGAAGUCUUUUCCACAGCGACUGUUCUUUAUAUCAACAUGGACAAACCAAAACACACUUUGUCCUGUUCACAUCACUGGUUCCUUUAAACUGAUCACGGUGUCGUUAUACACGGAAUGAGCCGUGAACACUUCCGAGAAGCUCAUGGAUGAUGCAUUUCAGCACCAGAGCUGCGGACAACGCGGCGGAUACGCAGGCAACGUGUGAUUGGCUGUGCGCCAGAGAAGCGCGAGGUCACCGGUGAGAAUAUAAACAAAGCAGGCGUCAGAGCAGCAGAGCAGAGCGACAGCAACACACCUCAAGUUGGACCUGGACCAUGAGACUCGCGGCUGUGGUCGUGGUGUGCGCGCUGAUCGUGGGUCAGGAUGGAGGAAGUGUGUCUGACUCCGCGUGGAGGAUGCGCGCAGCAGGAGGAGCGUUCAGGAGAAGAUCCGCAGACCUGCUUCUAUCCGACGACCCCAACCUGUGUCUGUCUCUGAGGGAGAACGACGACCAGCGGCGGCUGCUGUGCAACGACCGCAGGAGCAAGUUUAACUUCAACCCGUUCGGCCUCCGCUUCGGGAAACGCGCGUACAGAGGAGCCGCGAAGAGGCGAGCGCGCACGCGUGCCUUCAUGCCGCUCACGCUCUUCCUGCGGGAGCUGGAGGUGCCGUCAUGAAGACGCUUAUGCACCGGGGACGUGUAACAGCAGCUUUUUAAUUCAAACUCAAUAAACUUUUGUACCUUUGAAGCGGAGCUCUUGACUUGAACGACUCUAACUUUGUUUUCUGUUCACGGUCUCAGUGUAUAAGAACGAAAUGUUGGCUCUGUUCAGUCUGCGCUUUUGUAAACAUGUAAAUUAUUUUUUUCUGUUUCCCCCCUGUUCUUCUGCUACCUUUCUGUUACUUUUUGAAUAAGUAGAAAUAAUUCCCCACUAACAUAAUAAAUCAUAAGUCAUAGCUGCAUCCAUUCCAUCCUCCAACGCUGUAAGCUGGUAGAACAUGAUGAAGGGGAACGAGUCACAGUAAACCUGAUGGUGACAGAACGUGCCUGAUGGAACCACCGGGCGGCGCCUUUGUGCAAUUUCAAAUCACCGCAGAGACAGAUGGACACACGACAGGAGCGUUCAGUGGAACUGAUGACACACACUUGACUAAAAAGUGGCAAAUAGACAUAAAGGUGUAAAGGUAAAGUGUAAAGGUGUGAAACAUUUAAAUGAGACAGCUGAAAACAUGUACUGUACGCAGUUAGGUUUGAAACUUGAAACACCUGCUCCUCUGUCUGAGGCUUGUGGGUCACCUGUCCUUCCCAACUCCACGGCUCACUGCUAUGCAUGUAGACGAAUGAGGUUUCAACCAGUAGAACCAGAAACGUUAUUGGGCUGCGCUGAUACUGAGGCUGGAGCCAGAGCUGUAUACUGAACAUGUUAUUCUUCCA